AUGGAAGAGACUACUACAACUACUCCUGCCACCCCCUCUUCGUCUCUUGUGAAACAAUCGCCGCAGUCAACUUCCUCGUCCUCUUCAGUCUGGAGCCCCUUCUCGUUUGACGAUGAGUUGGACCGGAUACAACUCGCUGACCAACAUCAACUGCAGUUGGACUCGGACGUAGUUAUGGAAGAACGAGACGAAUCAGCAUCGUCUUCCUCUUCUUCCCUCACAGGCAACACCAUCAACAACAACAACAACCCCUUUGACUUGUCGUCUUCCUCGUCAUCUAUGAUCUUUGACGACUCGUAUUACAACUACUUCUAUCAGCCAAACUCUUACCAACAACACCACCUCAAACAACAACAGCUGCUCCAGCUGCAUCAGAUGCAACUCCAGUACCCUCUCCAGCAGCACCAACAGCAAAUGCUCGAUGAAGAUCAAGAAUAUCUAUACGAGGCUAGUCAAGCGCAAGAGGACUGGCUGGAUGCCGUUCUGGAGGAUCUGAUCGAAGACGACCAGGACAACGACGACGAUGAUGGCGAAGACAUUUCCUCUCCGGAAUACGACGACUCUGACGACUCAGUUGCUGGCGACUAUAAUCGCGAGACUUUUGAGGACGACGUGGAACGGCAACAACUACAGCUGUCUGAGCCACGGGCGAAAAUUCCGACCAUGAUCCAAUUCAUCACCCUCAGACCAGUAACAACAACAACAACACCAUCAACAGCACUAGUAGCCAUCAUGUCAGUCGUCGCCUAG